AUGAAUGAACCUCAAGACACACUAGAGAAGCCGAUCCCAAUAAACCCGAAAGGAAGAAGCAAAUCUUUCAAUAAGCUGCUGUCCAAAUCGUGGAAGCGCAGUACAAGCAGUUCAAACGCUUCUUUAUCGGGCACUAUGUCGGACCAUAAGAAGUCAAAUUCGAGUAGUCACAAUUAUUUCGAAGACUCAAAAGCAUCGAGCCCUGAUACUAAUUCUCCUUUAGGGUCAAAAUUUUCAAAGUUAAGAAGUCUUUUUGGCUCUGAAGCAAGCUUAAGAUCAGGCAGUGAUGAAAUCAAUAUUCCCAAAAUCAAGCACAUUAGUCCCUUAGCACCUGCAGAUGACGAAAAUUUUAGUCACAUACCGUCUACCAACUUUCCUAAGUCACCAAAAAAUGCACAUUUGGAAGAUCAUUAUCAUCCUUAUGAGACAGCUCAGAACGCAACAUAUGAAAAACAACAUUCCUCAUCAUCUCAUUCAGGCCAAUCUUCAACUACGGAAAAGCCACCUUCUUCCACUAGUAAUCUUUCUAGUCAAUUUAAGAGCUUUCUUCAUGUCAGUAAUGAUAAUCAAAACAGCAUACAAUCCGAUGAACUUUCAAAUACUACUGCAAACAAUUCAAGUUUAUUGCCAUCCUACAAAAACGUAAGUAGUUCAUCAUUGAAUGGAAUAGAUGAAAAUGAGGAGUUGGACGAAUUCAACCAUGCCUCUGAUAAGUUUCAUAAUGGAGGUGAUAGAGCUCCUCCAAAAAAGGAAGUAUAUACAUCUUCGUUAAAGGAAUCAUCAGAAUCUUCAUUUGUUAGCCCAGAUGAUUUGCAGGCGUUUCCAUCUAUCGUUAUUGGGAUUGAAAAUAAUGAGAAACAGGGUGUUGGGUCCACGGAUGAAAAUUCUAAGUUUGCAUUACGGAGGGCCACGUCAGAACCAGAAAAUAAAUUGAAGACCAAUAUCAAAUCACAUCAAACAUCGUUGGAUAACGGAACACAGCUGGGUUUACAUAUUCAACAUCCAAAGGGUGCUGACGUUGUAGAGCCAAAAAGGUCUCGCCGCUUAAGAAAUAAAUCUUUUAGCAACAAAUUCCAGGAUAUUAGAGUUAGUCCACAAUCCUUUGAGAAGAUUAGGUUACUAGGUCAAGGUGAUGUAGGUAAAGUGUAUCUGGUCAAGGAGAAGGCUAGUAAUAGAUUGUAUGCUUUGAAGAUUCUGACCAAGGGGGAAAUGAUCAAAAGAAAGAAAAUUAAAAGAAUUUUGACGGAACAGGAAAUCCUUGCCUCUAGUAAUCAUCCAUUUAUUGUUACGCUAUACCAUUCAUUCCAGACAGAGGACUACUUAUAUCUUUGUAUGGAAUAUUGUAUGGGAGGUGAGUUUUUCAGGGCUUUACAAACGAGAAAGAGUAAGUGCAUUUCAGAGGGCGACGCUAGGUUUUAUGCAAGUGAGGUCACAGCGGCAUUAGAAUAUUUGCAUCUGUUAGGUUUCAUAUAUAGAGAUUUGAAACCAGAAAACAUUCUUUUACAUAAAUCUGGGCAUAUCAUGCUUUCAGAUUUUGAUUUAUCUGUCCAGGCAAAUGACUCAGGUAAAGUAAAGACUCCUAUGAUUAUAACACCCCCAUCAUCAUCUUCUUCAGGUAAAAGAAGUAGAUCAAAUACAAUGAUAGAUACAAAGGUAUUUUCAGAUGGAUUCAGAACCAAUUCAUUCGUCGGCACAGAAGAAUAUAUUGCACCGGAGGUUAUACGAGGUAAUGGUCACACUGCUGCAGUAGAUUGGUGGACAUUGGGUAUAUUAAUCUAUGAGAUGCUUUUUGGCUUUACGCCUUUCAAAGGAUCAAACACCAAUGAAACUUUCUGUAAUAUUUUGAAAAAUGAGGUCACAUUUCCCAAUAAUAAUGAUGUCUCCAGAAAUUGUAAGGAUUUGAUCAAAAAACUAUUAUGCAAGAAUGAACAAAAGAGAUUGGGUUCUAAGAUGGGGGCAGCAGAUAUCAAAAGGCAUCCUUUUUUCAAAAAAGUUCAGUGGUCUUUUCUAAGAAAUCAAGAACCUCCUUUGAUACCUGUUCUUACCGAAAAUGGUUAUGAUUUUACGAAACUAUCCAAAAAUAAGAAGAGACAGGACGCUACAAACAAUGAAGAUCUCGAUGGUGAAAAUAAAAAAUCUUCUCUGGAGGAACUAGAAAAAAUAAUGUUUCAAGAACGUGUAGAGAAUGACGAUGAAAUUUCUGAGGAUAAUCCUUUCCACGAUUUCAAUUCCAUGAGUCUGAUGGAAAAGGACAACGAUUCCUUAAUUUACGGUGACAACAAUUCCUAUGGUAAAAUUUCAUAUACUCCGAAUUCUAACAGAUCAAGGAGUAAUAGUCACAGAAACUUUUUCAAGAAAUAA